AUGGCUGUAUCAGAGGAUAAACUCGUGGCACAGGAGACCAAGCCUGUGAAGGGUGAAAGGGUCAGCAAGAAGGGGUGGAAAGUUGAGAAGGAUGCCUUCCGUGUAAAGUCAUUAGGAGUGAAGUCAUCGUGGGCCAAGAAGCAAGAGCAGAGGCUCAAAGACCAACAGGUGAAGGCCAAAAUCAAAGAGUUGAAGGAAGAAAAAGAGAACGAGAGAAAGCAGAGGGUCCAGACGAUUAAAGAUAGAAGGGAGAAACAAGCUGAAAAGGAGAGAUAUGAAAGACUUGCUGCUAAGAUGCAUGCGAAGAAGGUUGAGAGAAUGCGCAAGAAGGAGAAGAGAAACAAGCUACUCAAGGAAGGUCGUUGA